AUGGAGUUGAGGCCUCCGGGCAACGCAGACGGUGCAUUUCGAGGGUCCGGAGAAGAGAAACCGCGGAUCUCACUUCGCGGUCCAGCAGGGGGUGGCUCUCCAGCUUCCGGGCGCGCUGGGGCCCCUCCUCCAACCCCGGCGGCCCGGUGGGCGCUUCCUGCCGCCCGGAACAGGCGUGUGGGUCCAGCUCCUGAAGGCCCCCGCAUCCUUUCGCUUCUACUCCCUGGGUUCCUAAACUCCGGCCCUCUUCCCCCUCGCUCUUUCCCGGAACCCCCGUCUCACAGCUGCCAGCCCCGCCUGGCCGGGCUCCCGCGGGGCCCGGUCAGGCAGCGGCGCCCAGAGCGCGCAGGGGCCGGGCGGCCGCCGCGUUCCGGCUUCGAACUCGCCGCCCCGGCUCCAGGCGCGGCCCGAGCUGGCCUGGUUCUGCUUCAGGACCCCUGCGAUGUCAGAGGUCGGCUGAAUAACCCUGAAGGCUGUUUUUCUUUCCCGAAGCAUACAGUGAAGAAGAAACCGAGGAGCCUCUGCUGCAGACGUGAGACAGAAAGAUCCAGACAUGGGCUGCUGAGUGUGCUGGGGCUCCAGGGAAAGGAAAGAGCAGGUAUGAGGAUAGCUCGCAGGGAAGAGAAAAGCCUUGGAGGAGCAGAGUUCCGGAAAUGGGAAGGGAGAGAAGGACCCUUAGUUGAGAGAACCAGGAAGUGGAGUGGACGGGACUUGGUACUGAGCUAUCCUUACUUGGGAAGGAAGCUCCCACCCACUGGGGACGUCCUGCUGCUUCCGGGCUUGUACUGCACCCUUGAGCAAAAGGCGAGGAACUUGGUCAUCUUCUGUGCGGUUAGAGCCACAGAGGGAAAAAUCACACCUCCUGACCAAGAUGGGACAAAAGAGGAUCACAUAGACUUUCCUAACUCCUGCACUGCACUGACACAGCCCCACUGCCACCUGUUUAUGCUGUGGUCUCUUAGUUCCUUGACCUAUCACCUCCAGCGAUCACUUCCUCAACCCAUUUCAUAUGCCCACUAUUAUGAUGAUGGUCUUGUCAUCAGCCAUGACCAAACCCAAUCCACACCUUGCAAACCCCAUGAACUUCCUGGUCCUCUCUCUCCCUCUGUGGUUCUCUGGCAAAGCCCCAGCCUGGUUAAAACCAACCCUCAGCCUGAUCUGUGCCUGCCCCUGAACAGCUGAGAGCUGCUGGAGAGAAAACGCAUGGCCCCGCUGGAAAAACAGUCUCACUGCAAAUCUGUGACCACAAAUCACAAAAGGAUACUCAGCACUGCCCAGGGUCCUAUUUUACAUCCCUGGUGUGUUUGGUUUCCCAGCUCCAAAAUUGCUAUUUUAUACCUUCUUUCCCAUCAAAUUCCCUAUGCACACCCCUCCCCCACCUCACUUCCUCACACAAGCAUGUUCUCCCUGGUGUUGCAGCGGUUAAGAAUCUGUCUGCUAGUGCAGGGGACACGGGUUCGAGCCCUGGUCUGGGAAGAUCCCACAUGCUGCGGAGCAACUAAGUCUGUGCACCACAACUACUGAGCCUGCGCUCUAGAGCCCGCGAGCCACAACUAAUGAAGCCCACACGCCACAACUAAUGAAGCCUAUGCACCUAGAGCCCGUGCUCCGCAAAGAGAGAAGCCACCACAAUGAGAAACCCGCGCAUCGCGAUGAAGAGUAGCCCCCACUUGCUGCAACUAGAGAAAGCCCGUGCACAGCAACAAAGACCCCACGUAGAAAGAAAGAAACUUAUAAAAAAAAAAAAAAAAUAGACGCCUACACACGCCUCACCCUACCACGCUCCCUGCCAACUCCUCCUCGUGGGCUCCAGAUCCCACCCCUUUCUUGUUCUCAAGGACGGGCUCCUACCGUCCCCCCAACUCUUCUAGCCUUUUCCUGCCAGCAUCCAAACAUGCUGUAAUCUGUCCUAUGAAAAAAUAAAAUCAAAACACCUCAAAUGACCCCAUAACACCUUUCAAAUUCCCCUCUCAUUUCUCUGCUCCCCUUCAAAGCAAAAUAUUUUGAAGGCAGUGAUUAUAAUCACUAGUGUUUCCACAGUCUGUCCUCGACACACUCCGUGCAGUUUCC